CUCUGGUGGACCGAGCUCCUUGGGCCAUGGCCGCUGCACAGCCCCAGCUUUCCCCGGGGGCGGCCAUGGUCCAGCGCUGGGCCCGGAGCUGCUGGUCCUCGUUCUGGGACUACGAGACGCCCAAAGUGAUCGUGGUGCGGAACCGGCCCCUGGGAUUCUUUCACCGCACGGUGCAGCUGCUCAUUCUGAUUUACUUCGUGUGGUACGUAUUCCUCGUGCAGAAAAGCUACCAGGAGAGCGAGACCGGUCCGGAGAGCUCCAUCAUCACCAAAGUCAAGGGGAUCACCAUGUCGGAAGACAAAGUGUGGGACGUGGAGGAAUACGUCAGGCCCCCGGAGGGGGGCAGUGUGGUCAGCAUCAUCACCAGGAUCGAGGUCACCCCUUCCCAGACCCUGGGAACCUGCCCAGAGAGCAUAAGGGUUCACAGUUCCUCCUGCCAUUCAGAUGACGACUGCGUGGCGGGGCACCCGAACAUGAAAGGCAAUGGGAUUCGGACAGGGCACUGUGUCCCCUAUUACCAUGGGAACUUCAAGACCUGCGAGGUGUCAGCCUGGUGCCCGGUGGAGGAUGGAACUUCUGACAACCAUUUUCUGGGUAAAAUGGCCCCAAAUUUCACCAUCCUCAUCAAGAACAGCAUCCACUACCCCAAGUUCAAGUUCUCCAAGGGCAACAUCGCAAGCCUCAAGAAUGACUACCUGAAGCACUGCACAUUUGAUCAGGACUCUGACCCGUACUGUCCCAUCUUCAAGCUGGGCUUCAUCGUAGAACAGGCAGGGGAGAACUUCACAGAACUGGCACACAAGGGUGGUGUCAUUGGAGUCAUCAUCAACUGGAACUGUGACCUGGACCUGUCUGAAUCAAAGUGCAACCCCAAAUACUCUUUCAGGAGGCUCGACCCCAAGCAUAACCCCGCCUCCUCAGGGUACAACUUCAGGUUUGCCAAGUAUUACAAGAUAAACAGUACCACCGUCGCUCGAACUCUCAUCAAAGCCUAUGGGAUUCGAAUCGAUGUUAUCGUGCAUGGACAGGCAGGGAAAUUCAGUCUCAUCCCCACCAUCAUCAAUCUGGCCACUGCUCUGACCUCCAUCGGGGUGGGCUCCUUUCUGUGUGACUGGAUUCUGUUAACAUUCAUGAACCAAGAUGAGCUCUACAGCCAUAAGAAGUUCGACAAGGUGUGUACUCCAAAGCAUCCCUCAAGUAGAUGGCCUGUGACCCUUGCCCUUGUCUUGGGCCAGGUCCCUCCCCCACCUAGUCACUACUCCCAGGAUCGGCCAACCAGCCCUCGAGCAGGUAGACAUCCAACGUUGGGAGAAAGGGCAGAGCUACCACUGGCUCUCCAGUCUCCUCGGCCUUGCUCCAACUGAGCAGAUGGUGGACACUCUUGACCAGCAUAUGGGGCCUUCCCAACAGGACUCCAAAUCCACGGACCCCAAAGGUUUGGCCCAACUCUGAUCUCAUCCUCACUAAGUUACAGACAUGGAUCUGGGAGGGCAGAGAUGCUUCAGCUGCUUUGGCAGCCCUAGGGAAGAUCUGUAUUCUUCAGUAAUCAAGCUUGUCCAUGUGACUGGGAAGUAAGACACACCUGUGCAAGAGGACAAGCGCCUUGCUCUAGCCUAUGCUUACAUUCUUCUUUUCCCCAAGGCUUAUGGGGAUACAUGGAUUCCUGCUAUCUCCUUUCCCAACUGAAUUCCUCAUAGGAUCCCCCCUCUUGUACUCUCACACAGCCUUCUGGGAUCCCAAAUCAGAGCUAAGUCGUCCUGUUGUAUCAUUUAAGCCCUGCUUUAGAAGCCACAGCAUGCUGAGUCCAAUAAAACAGC